ACUUCUAUUCCUCUUCUCCAAACUCUUGAAUCCUACGGUGUUUAUGGUUGUGGGACUAUAAUGGCAAACAGGAAAGGGUUUCCCUCACAGCUGAAAAACCCACACCUUCCCGAGAGAGGAGAUGCUGAACAGAUGCAACAUAAUAACCUUGUUGCCACCGUAUGGAAUGAUGCUAAACCUGUUCACAUUGCAUCUACAACAUCUGACCCUCUCGGAGAUGGCCCAGCUCAAAGAAGGGUUCGGGGUGGUAGUGUUAUCAUCAUUCAGCGCCCGCCUGCAGUUGAGCACUACCAACAACACUACUAUGGUGUAGACAGAACACAACAGUACAGAUCCAAGUGUCCAGUUGGCCGUCCAUCCAAAAAGUUUUGGAAGUAUCUGGUCAACUAUAUUUUUGAAAUUUCUCUUAUCAACACAUUCCUUCUUUGGUUUGAAACCCCAGGAACAAGAAAACCAACAAAACAUUUCUCUAUGGUUGACUGCAACUUGUCUAUCGCGGAGAAACUUAUUGGUGAUUUCUCUAGCAGAAAGCGGGCACCUUCAUGUGGAAGGGGAGUUGCAGGUAUUAGUGUUGCUAACAUCAACCGGCACAUCAGCACAAAGUUGACAAGACUGCGAGGAAGAUGCAAACCGUGCAAGAAGAAUGGCAGAAGAAGUGACACAUUUUUUGGUUGUAGCAUUUGUAAUGUACAUCUGUGUAGAGGAGCUUGUUUUCAGGCCUAUCACACUUAUCAUCACUUGCUUAUGGAAUAGGUUUAUAUAUCAUGAAAUGUCUGUUUAUAAUUGCAUGUCUUGUUCAAAUGAUAUGCAUUUACUUUAUUUGGUGGCUCCAAGCACUUAUAAAAUCUAAUCCACUCAAAUAGUUUGCAUUUUUUCAAAUGUGAUUUUGUCGUGUACCAUGUAUUUUUAAAACCUAAAUCUAAAAAAUAAUCUGAAUAUGUUAUUGAAAAGAAAUAAACU